GCUCCGUAGUUCCUCACACACAGCUUCUUUCAAACAUGUCUGCGUCCACAAUGUGCACCACAGCGUUGUCCUUUACGCGGACGAGCGGUCACUGCUUAACAAAUUAUGCACUCAAUGUAUUGGGCAGAAGAGCUACUUAUUCAACAGCGUUAUCUACGACCAAUGCCAAAGGCUUCCCAGACAGAAGCAACAGAGGACCAAGAAGGCCCAGGCGAGAAUCUGGAGAACCCAGAACAGAGAAGAUGCCAGAAGCCCAAGACUGGACAGCAGUGUACCCAUCUGCAGCAGCAUUUAAGCCGUCAGCUGUACCCUUACCUGUUCGGAUGGGUUACCCAGUGAAUAGAGGGGUACCUUCGGAGAAGAAGGGCAACUUGGAGCUCAUUAAGAUUCCAAACUUCCUGCACUUAACUCCUGCUGCCAUUAAGAAACACUGUGAGGCAUUAAAACCCUUCUGCACAGAGUGGCCUGCAGGUGUGGACUCUGAAGCUGCUAGUGAAAAACAUUUUCCCAUACAAGUAGAGAGCAAAGAAUUUGUGUCUGCCGGCAGUUCACUGAGGAAUCCAAAAGCCCGUGUAGUCACUCUCAGAGUGAAGCUGUCUAGUCUGAAUUUAGAUGAUCAUGCCAGAAAGAAGAUGAUCAAGUUAGUGGGAAACCGAUAUUGCAUUGAGACCGAUACACUCACCAUUGUCACAGACUGUUGCCCUUUACGACAGCAGAACUAUGAUUAUGCCAUGUACCUCCUGACCGUGCUCUAUCAUGAGUCUUGGAAAACGGAGGCAUGGGAAGCCGAGAAAACCCGCGAGGACAUGGAGGAGUACCACUGGGAGGGCAGCCCCUCCCAGAAGAACGUUCUGGACAUGCUACAGCGUAUGCGAGCCCCCUCCGAGGACGAGGAGGACCCCAGCACUGUGCGUGAGGAGCUGCUCGGCCGGCCCGAGGUGCAGGAGUAUCGGGACUCGGUCACACGUCUGAAGAAUGAGGGUGAGACCGAGGAGACCAUGCUGCAGUACCGGGAGGCUGUGAAGAAGCUUUUGAACGUCUAACCGACGAGCGCUCCAAUGAGCAGUACAGACAAAAACAGACUGGGUUACUGUAAAACGCUUUGGGCUGGAACUGCCUCAUGGUAGUGACUAAGUGGUUGUAGUCACCAUUCCCAUUAGACCCGUUAGAAAAACCUUGUCAUUUUGGUUUGGACUGACUGUGGGAAAGGGGUGCCAGAAGUAUUCAAAGUGUAUACAAAUCCCUCAUACUGAAAUGUGUAUUUGAAAUAAAUUUCUGUGAAACCUUA